UAAUAUCGAUUGUUCUACUGCUGGCUCGUCAAUUUUAUUUGGAAUUUCUGUGUGUAAAAAUUAAAAGCCUGCGUGACUAAAUUUGUCAGAUCAUUGGCAAACACACGCCUGGCCGAAAAAGCGACUCAAAAAAGGAGGAUCGAAUUUGCCCGUUGCAGCGGCUUCUUGCGGAAGAAUAACGUUUUGGAGGAAGACUAGCGGCGACACACGCACCCAUACACACGAGCGUAAAAAGAAAGACUCAGCAUGCCACGAGGAAAGUUCGUUAACCACAAAGGCCGCAGCCGUCACUUUACAUCACCCGAAGAGCUUCAGCAGGAGUCCGAGGAGGAGAGCGACCAGUCGAGUGGCAGCGGUAGCGGUGAAGAGACCGGCGGUGACAAGGCCUCCGGUAGUGCGGCCACAUCCAAGUCGAAGCCUCCAGCGACUCGUAAGACCGCCACCCGUCCAGCCCAUCGUCAAAAGCAGCGUCCGGCGGUCAGCUCGUCGGAAUCCGAUUCGGAGGAGUCCGAGGAUGACUCAGAGGCAGAGGCGCGAGAUGCCAAAAAGGGCGUGGCCUCGCUCAUCGAAAUCGAGAAUCCCAACCGUGUGACCAAAAAGGCCACUCAGAAAAUAGCAACUCUCAAGCUGGACGAUGGUGGGUCCUCCACCACCAGCUCCACCGCCGCCGCCAAGCCGGAACUGUCCCGUCGCGAGCGUGAACAGAUCGAGAAGCAGAAGGCGCGCCAGCGUUACGAGAAGCUCCAUGCGGCCGGCAAGACGACCGAGGCGAAGGCGGAUCUCGCUCGGCUGGCCCUCAUUCGUCAGCAGCGAGAGGAGGCCGCCGCCAAGCGCGAGGCAGAAAAAAAGGUGGCAGCCGACACUGGAAAGAAGCCGGGGGCGAAGUAGGAUCAUACAGGAUCGCCAGCCCGCGAUACCUUAACCCGUCAACUGAUUCAGUAACAGAACCAAUGGAAGGGCUAAUGGCAAUUAGUUAAGAAAACGUAAAGUAAAAAAUUUAUCAGAAAACAACGCAGAAGGAUGAGGCUCGCUACGCAUCGCAUCUCAUCGACCCCGAACCAAACCAAACGCGAUAUGUUGCAUCUGCCACAAGUGCCGAGUAUCCAUGAGAAACGCUAAAAACUAAAUUUCGAUCUGAGUGAGCCCAAUGUCAAACAAAUUU